AUGGGUGCGGCCAGCAGGGGCGCACCUGACUGGGCGCUGCGGGGGACGGCGGAGGGCAGAGGGGAAGAGGCCGGGGGCCUCACCGCUGGGCGUAGGGACAUGGCAGUGGGGCUCGGGGAGGAGACGACGAGAUCCGGUGGGGAGGCUCCGGCGAGGAGGGAGCGGCAACAGGAGGAGCCGCUGAGGGCCGCCCCUGACACGCCGCCCCCGUCGACCACGCCACCCAGAGGGGUGUCUCCGGCAAGGGCACCUACCGCCGAGCCUACAUGCACGGAGGAAGAGGAGGCGAGCUUGGAUGCUGGUGGCUCCGUCCCGGCAACGAAUGUUGGCGGGGAGGGAACCACUUUCUCUCAGUUUGGCACGGACCCUCCCUCGACGGACCAGGAAGACAUCGACACUGUCAUCGAGGAGGUUGCCAAGGAUGCCGAAGCUGAGUCCGCCAAGAUCGCGGCUGGGGAAGCCGCCAAGUCCGCCGUCGAGGAGGCCGCCAAGGGGCCUGCCGGGGAUACCAGCGAGGUCGCUGCCGGGGAGUCCGGCAAGGCUGCCGCCGAGGAGGCCGCCAAGGAGCCUGCCGGGGAGGGCGCGGUCGACGACCAACCUUCCUCCUACGCAGCCCCUAGAACGGGCAAGUACUUGAAGGUGGGUGAUGAUCUGUUCAUCCGCCUCCUAGGGACGGCAGACCCCAGAGCGCCAGCCGAAGGGGAGAUCUUCGACAAUGAGGCCCUCACCACUGCCGGGCUCCAGGUUGUCGACGAACCGAGCGCCGACAGCGGUGGUUCCCAAGAAGAGCAGGUCCUCCGGGCCAUGAACGUCAAGUUCCAGAAGCUCCAGGCGCUCCUCCGUGCCCGCCAAGACAAGGUGAACUCCAGGAUGGCGGCCGUGGACAAGGCGGAAGCGGAUUUUCAGGAGCGCGUCGCCCAGACGCAAGAGGAAGACCUCAUUGCCCGUGAGGAGGCGCUUGCCGCCACGCUCCGCGGCAAGGACGAGGAAAUCGGGAAGAUCGUCGCGCAGCGGACCCAGGAACUGGAGCAAAAGCACAAGGAUGCACUUGAUGCUCUGGCCCUGGACCAUGCCGACAAGGUGGAGAAGCUAGAGCUGGAGCAGGAGGAGCUGAAGAAGAAGGUCUCAGAGCUGAAGGAGGAGAGGGACACGACCAACCGCACUCUAGCGGAUUUGCAGGUUGCCAUCUCCGACAAGACCAAGCUGCUCUCCGAGGCCAACGACUCCAUCAACGAUCUAAAGCUGAAACUGGACGGCUUGGAGGGGACGCUUUCGGAGGUCAGGGCCCGUGAGGAGACCCUGAACAAGGCCCUUGAGAGCGAGAUGUCAUGGUUCUAA